AUGGAAAUUUUUAGAAGGGAUAGCAGAGGGUUACCUGCCCCCAGCCAGCCUUUGAGGAAGGAGCAGCAGCUCCAUACCUAUCUCAUCAGACAAGCCCUUAUCUAUAGAAGCAGCGAUGAUGAGCCACCACCAUCUCGGGGCAGCAUCCAGGUAGAGGCUUUCCGUGACGCAGCAUCUGCUAUGGAACAAGAGAAAGAAAUCCUGCUAGAAAUGAUCCACAAUAUACAGAACAGCCAGGACAUGAGGCAGAUCAGCGAAGGUGAGCGAGAAGAACUUAAUUUAACUGCUAAUCGUCUGAUGCAUGCCACGAAGAUGAUCGAUGAAAUUGUCAAUAAACUUCUAGAUGAUUUGGAAGACGCCAAAAUCCGCUUAAUGUCGCUUUACGGUGCGUGCACAUCUGACGUGCCAGCAGGACCCAUCGAUCAGAAAUUUCAGUCUGUGGUAAUCGGAUGUGCCAUUGAGGAUCAGAAGAAAAUCAAAAGGCGGCUAGAGACUCUGCUCAGAAACAUAGAAAAUUCUGAAAAGUCAAUCACAUUGUUGGAGCAUCAGAAAUCAUCUGUUCGACAGUCUUGCAACAGCAAACAGGAUUAAACUACCCUCCUGGCUACUUCUGGCAAAUCGCAGGAUGAGCAGACCGCCAUAAAAAGCACACAGAAGCUAAGAAAAAAAAUUCUCUGUCCAAGCACGCGCAUAUAUAUGCAUGCACGCGCACCAAAGUAUCUUUGAUUGCGAGAUGCGAGCAUUUAGUGGGUUUUGGUAGCGUUGGCAUUUUCUUUUGGCAGUAAGAAUGCUAUCAGGAGUUCUCCUGUAGAGUCGAUACUGCUCUAUUGCAAAGUGUAAUUGUGCUUCUGCUGAACUGUCAGAAACUGUCAAAAUCUAGCCUUUCCUCCAUUCUCCUGGGGUUUUUUUUAAACUAAAGUUGUUUUGUCAUAUAGUGAGAUUUCAGCUUUUCUCUGCUGUAUACAUACUGUGCAAACUAGACUUUUGGGGAAAAAAAGGCAAAUCGUGGCAAUAAAUCAAAAACAUUAAUAAACUGUAUAUUGUAUUUUCACAAAUGACACACUGUCCUACUCAUUACGAUUUGUAAUUUUAAUAAUUUGGCACUGUGCGUAAGUAGAUCACUGUACUUUCAAGAGACAGACAGAUACCUCGUUUGUAACUGAUAAUGUAAAUUUGACUUAUUUUGACCUAA